CAGUUCAUCCCUCUGCUCUAAGCUUUCGCGCUCGAAAACAAGCCCUAAUUGAUUCGAACCCAAAAUCCUCUAGUCUCCAAAUCCAAUCAUUUCGAAACCAAAAUAUCCCUAAUUAUUUCUUUUAAUGCGCUGUGAAUUCGAAUCCUCCGCUAUUUGAAAGUCUUAAUCUCUCAGAAAGUAGAAACGAACCCUAAUUUUUGGGGAUUUUCUUCGCAAAUGGAUGCUAAGGACAUCCUGGGCUUGCCCAAGAAUUCACUGCCCCAAGAGAAAAAACCCAGGCCGCAGAAAGACUCUCAGCGAAAACCCGAUGGCAUUUCACGCGAGGUGUACGCGCUAACGGGUGGUUUGGCACCUCUUAUGCCGGCGAUCGAUGCGUCUCAACUGAAAAAACGUCCUCCGACGGACGAGAAGAUCACUUGGCAGUGGCUUCCUUUUACAAGUUCUGCACGAAAAGAUAAUUUGCAGCUUUAUCACUGGACCAGAGUUGUAAAUAGUGUUCCACCAACAGGUGACUAUUCCUUUGCCAAGUAUAACAAGUCUGUCGACGUUGUCAAAUACACAGAUGAGGAGUAUGAGAAGUACUUGACUGAUCCUAUGUGGACCAAGGAGGAGACAGAUCAGUUGUUUGACUUGUGCCAAAGGUUUGAUCUCCGCUUUAUUGUGAUAGCUGACAGGUUCCCAUCAUCUCGGACUGUGGAGGAAUUGAAGGAUCGCUAUUACAGUGUGUCUCGAGCUAUGUUGAUUGCUAGAGCUCCUUCUCCUGGAGACGUUUCUGGCCACCCCCUUGUUAAGGAACCUUAUAAUGUUUCGCAAGAGAUAGAACGCAAGCGAGCAUUGUGUAUGGUCCUCUCUCAAACAAAACAUCAAGAGCGAAAAGAUGCUGAGGUCCUUGCUGAAGCAAAAAGAAUAGCUGAGUCACGGAUGGUUACAAGGGUAGCUGAAGAGUCUGAGUUGCCUGUCCCAUCAAAUGCUGCUCCAGAAAGUGCUGAGAGGACUAGUGUUCCUGGUGAUACUGUAUCACCUUCGUCCAAUGUUCAGCUUCCCUCUGCAGCAGUUGCACCUUCAACAGCAACAGCAGACAAUGCCUCUACUCUAGCGUCUCUUCGCAUGCUUCGGGUAUAUUUGAGAACAUAUGCACUUGAGCAAAUGGUGCAAGCUGCAAGCUCAUCUGCUGGACUUCGGACUAUAAAGCGGGUUGAGCAAACUUUACAGGAACUUGGGGUCAAUCUAAAACCAAGAGUUCCGACCAAAUUAGUUUGUGCUGAGCAUCUUGAAUUAAGAAAAGAAAUAUUGACUCUACUUAAUCUCCAGAAGCAGUUACAAUAUAAGGAGGCAGAAGGUUCAUCUUUUCGAGAUGGUUCAUACGCUGAUACACCAGGCACUCCUAAGCGCUUAUACCGUGGUGGGGAUCAGGAUCGGACAUUUGUUCCCGACAUGAGUUUUGGAGGGGAAAGGGUUGGCAAAAGGGACCAGAAACGCAAGGCACCUGGGAGGUUAUCAGAAGCUCCAUCAUCACCAGCUCAGUCUAAAAGGCCUAGAAAAUUUAAGGCAUCAGAUCUAUAAAAUAAUAAAUCUAGCUGCGAGGAAGCAAAUGAACUUCCAAUGAAGUAGAAGCAGAAGAAGGAAGUUUUUGGUUGCAGAAUUCUUCCUCCUGUUUCGUGGGAAGCAGACGUGGAAGCACUAACUCAAGACCAGCUCAUCAAUUCAUCAUAAUGUAGUUAAGUUUAGGCCGCAAUGCUUUUAGUGAGGUGCAGAAAUCAGAGAUCUUUGUGAAUGAUGAUUUUUUUGUACAUAACUAGUGUUUGGCCCAUGUGAUGCAACAAUGUUACCGUUUCUGACCAAUUUAAAUAGAUCCUCGACUACAUUUCUAAGCUUC